AUGGCGCUCCUCGAGGAACAGAACAGGCAGCUCCGGGACACGGUACAAAAGCUGUAUGAACACGUCCGGGCUGGUCACAGCUUGCCAGCACUGCCAGCAUCGAGCACGGGAGAAGGCCGCCCGCUCUUGCACGACAUUGUAGCCUAUGUGAGAGCGCUGCCUACGGGUGUCACGAGCAGACAUGAACAGGUUCAAUGCCAGAUCUCGGGGCCGGGUGCAGCCGCCGCUGUGUCCUUCUCGCAACCGCAGCCAGAAGCCUCGCAGUAUCUAGACUUCACCGCAGCAGCCACGCAGCUCAACACCAUCACGGCCUCGUCGAUGCAACAAGACCCGUUGCUGACAGGGUACGACCCAGCGCAAGCGGAGUAUGAGUCUCUCGAAAGCAGACUGGAUCUGCAGGAGCUUUAG